UUUGCUUCAUCUAUACUUUUUUAUGGCUAUUGUAUACUAACUAAUCGUGUAUUCGUCUACUGUCAACAACGAAAGAACUCCUAGGAAUACAUGGUAGGUAAUACCGGUGUAGAAGAUACGGAUAUUAUUAGUUUACUCUUGUUUACCUACACCUUUCACCGCGCCAUUGUCCUCCUGUAUCCGGAUCCUCACAACUUACCCUUUUACCACCAUCUUACUAUUUUGUAUCUUGACUCUCUGCUUGCAAUACACCCCAUUGGCAUGUGUAUAUCUUGGGUCAAGGAACCUCAUAAGGUGUAGUAAUUCUUACAUUGAGCCUGGCUUCAGGAGUCAUUCAGAUUCAAUAAGCAUCCUAGAAUAGAACUUGUGCAUAUGAGCUCCGUUGUUCACAGUUCAUCAAUGGACACUGUGACUGAUCU